AAAACGUUGAGUCGUUAACCACUGGUUCUUUUUCGAACCAAUACUACUCAAAAAGAGAUAUUCACAAAGUGUUACUGCAAAGCUCUCUUAGUUACUCUGAGUUCACAGUUCUAAGUGUUGUCGAUCGAAAAAAACAAUGUUAGUUAUGGCUCUCUGUGGGAUAAAGUAUUGUGAUUGUUGUAGUGAGCAAGAUGUUGUUCCCUAGAUUGACUUACUAAACUUGUACUCAGUAUGUGGCUGUACUACAGACACAAUCUAAGAAAUGGCAGCUGCGAGCAUUCCUACCUCCAUGCUUCUAUUUAGGGUUGACAUGUUUGACCUUAAUACACUUUGGAUCAAGCAGUAAGGAUCAUCAAAUAAACCAUGCACAGCAGAUCCUUGUACAUGUACCAGCUAUUUGUAUUUUGAAAUUCUUUUCUCUUGUGUUUUUUGUUUUUAACAAAUUGUUUUUUAAGUAAAAUAAUCCAUCUCAUGUUAGCUGCUUUUUAAAAACCUUUAAUGAGUUUGUUUGUUUGAUAAAAACAACAAUAAAUGUAUUGACUGGACACACUACUUGCAUGCAGUGAAUUCAUUUCACAUUGCAGUGAAUUCAUUGCACAUUGCAGUGAAUUCAUUGCACAUUGCAGAUAAGUGGGACCAGAGCUGGAUCAAGCACUGGUGUAAACGCAACAUAAGAUCUUGAUCUGUGGGUGUGAUAAUAAUGUCAGAUCUCAAUCCACCUUUCUGUAGUAAGUGUAAAUGUUGCACUAGACUCUGGCUAAUGGUGAUUUGGCUAAUGGUGGAUCAAAAUAUGGAUGGAUCAACAAAAAAUAGGUAAAUAAAUAAACAGACAAUUGAUAAAAUAACAACGCAAGCAACGAAAAAGUUAAUCAAACUAACUCCUUUUCCAACAUAUAUUUUCAGACAACUAGUAAACUUCAGAUUUCUUUUCAUUUUUGUGUGUGUGAAAAAACAGCCUGAAAGUCUUUUUACCCUAAACCUGAGUGUAUAUGGGCGGUCGAUGCGGGCGCUGUUGUUGAAUUGGCCGCGCUGUUUGUGGAAGGAAACGAGAAACGACUUGCAUCAAGACUACUCCCGCUACGCGCUCACUUUAAAUAUUGACCCGGGGUCAUUCAGGUUUCCCGCCACUCUGCACUCACAUGUACAAUGUACUGUAUGCACACACACCAUAUCAUGCAGUUCCACAGAUCAGUACGGUGCAGUGGUUUGAGCACACUUUGCAAAACAACCUCUCGCUUGUUUUUUGAGAAGCGUGCAGUGCAUGCAUGCUACUUUGCUACUUAUUUAUACUACAACAGUACGCAGCCAGUAGCAUUACAUCUCUACAUGAACUGCCUUUAUUAGUUAGUUGUGCUGACUUCUAGAUUUGUACAUUUCACACCUGUUUUGAACAAGUUUUAGUCUCAUUCAUUGAGAGCAAACAGUUAUCAUGUGGAUACAAGUUCGUACUUUUGAUGGGCAAAAGUCCAUUCGUGUGGAUGGGUUGUCAAAGUUGACCAAAAUUGAGGAGUUGAGAUCUAAACUGGUGGACCCCUUCAGUGCCCCGCUUGAUCGACAGCGACUGUUUUAUCGAGGAAAGCAGUUGGAGAAUGGACAGACAUUGUUUGACUACAGCGUUGGGCGGAAUGAUAUCAUUCAGAUCAUGAUCAAAGCAGAGUAUAUUCCCGAAGAGCCUAAAGCAGAUAGUGGUUUUGUAUCAGAGACCAGUGACUCCGAGCAUUCUACGUGUACUUCAGGGGGCAGUGAAGUAGUCUUGGAAUCGGAUGAUCAACCAUCUACAAGUAAAGAAGGACUAGCUGAAGGAACAUACAAGAUUGGUGACUUGCUUGAUGCGUUGGACUUGAGCAUAGGAGCGUGGUUUGAAGCUAGUGUCGUAGAUCUAUCUAAAGCGUCCGAAGAAGAAAACACUGAACUGAAGCACACAGAUACAGCGACUGAUGUCAACGACGCCAAACUCGUAGAUGCCAACCACAACAUCAAAGAUGAAAACGACAACCCCAAGAUGGAUAAUGGCCUGGCUUUGAAAGUAAACAGUAUCAUGAAGGAACAAAAUGUAUGUAUGAAUGGAGUCGCCGUGGAAACUACAGAGGAUACAAAAGGAACCAAUUCAUCAGAGGACAUCAAAACUGAAGCACCCACAAAACUGCAGACUUGUGACGAUGGCUUUGUAUACCACGUCAAGUUCGAAGGGUAUGAAGACCAAGGUAUACUGAAACUACCAGAUAAAUACUUAAGGCCUCGUGCACGUACGAUGAUUGACUAUGAUGACGUUAGAGUCAACGAUGUGGUGAUGGUCAACUACAAUCCUGAUGAACCAAAGGAAAGAGGUUUCUGGUAUGAUGUACAAGUCACUGCUAAGAAAUCAACCAGGACAUACAAAGAAAUGAUUGGUAAUGUCAGACUUGGAAUCGAUGCAAAUGUAUUGAAGGAUUGCCGUAUUCGACUAACAGAUGAAAUAUUCAAGAUUGAGAAACAAGGAGAAGUGACCUGUGACCCAGACCUUCUCAAUGGAGAAAACGAACCUUUCAAAAGGUCUAAUAAGGCUGAAUGUGCACACUGUAAAGACAACCCAAAGCGUAAGUGUAAGCAGUGUGCAUGUCAUAAAUGUGGCGGUAAAGACGACCCAGAUAGACAGCUCAUGUGUGAUGAAUGUGAUAUGGCAUAUCAUUUAGCAUGCCUAGACCCACCAUUGGAAGAAAUACCUGAUGUAGAAGAGUGGUAUUGUCCGUUAUGUAAAAAUGAUGCAUCUCAAGUCGUGAUGGCUGGACAGAAACUCAAACAUAGCAAGAAGAAAGCCAAAAUGGCGUCCUCUAUCAACGGAAGCACAAGAGAUUGGGGAAAGGGAAUGGCUUGCCAGGGUCGCACCAAGGUUUGUACCAUCGUUCCACCCAAUCACUUUGGAGAGAUCCCUGGUAUUCAUGUUGGCCAAUCAUGGAAGUUUAGAGUUCAGGUGAGUGAAGCAGGAGUACAUCGCCCUCAUGUUGCUGGUAUUCAUGGCCGAGAGAUUGAAGGAGCUUAUUCCAUUGUCUUAGCAGGAGGUUAUGAAGAUGACGAGGAUAGAGGUGAAGAGUUUCUGUACACUGGUAGUGGAGGUCGUGACCUCUCUGGCAAUAAAAGGACAGCUGAACAAUCCAUGGAUCAAAAGCUCACUAAGAUGAACUCGGCUCUUGCCAGAAACUGCAACGCUCCAUUAGAUUCCAAGAAAGGUAAUGAAGCAAAAGAUUGGCGUGCAGGAAAAGCAGUGCGAGUCAUCAGGAACUCUAAGGGGCGAAAACAUUCCAAGUAUGCCCCAGAAGAAGGCAAUCGCUAUGAUGGUCUUUACAAGGUUGUGAAGUUUUGGCCUGAGACAGGGAGAAGUGGGUUCUUAGUAUGGAGGUAUUUACUACGUAGAGAUGACCCUCAGCAUGCUCCAUGGACUAAACAAGGACAGAAGAAAAUCAAAGCACUUGGUCUUGUCAUGGAGUAUCCGGAUGGUUACCUUGAAGCAAUGGCCACCAAAGAGAAAGAACGAAACGGAGGUAAAGAUUCUGGUAGUGAAGAGGAGGUCAAAUCGGUCAAGAAAGGUCAAAACAAGGGCAAAGGUCAAAAGAGAAAAAGAAAAGAAACUGAAGAAGAUACUGCCAAAUCAACGCCCAAGAAAUCCAAGGUGACAAUUCCGAGUGACAUCCAGAAACUGAUUGAUUGUGAUGAAACCAACAAGAAGGUGUGGGAAGAGGUAGCCCAGGAGAUCCAAACAGGCAAGAAAUUGUUGAGUGCAGUUGAAGAUGCGUUUACUUGCAUAUGUUGCCAGGAAGUUGUAUAUCAUCCAAUCACUAUGCCAUGUCAGCAUAAUAUCUGCAAGUCUUGUCUUCAGCGAUCAUUCAAAGCCGAUGUUUGCCAAUGUCCUUACUGUCGUUAUGACUUGGGUAAAGGCUAUAGUAUGGUAUUCAACAAAGAACUACAAGUCAUAUUGAAGGAGCUGUUUCCAGGUUAUAAUGUGGGGCGUUAAGUUCCCACAUGACGUAAAUCAACCACCUUUACGGCCAUGCGUUUUGCAGCCAUGCGUUUUGCGCAGAUUUCACAAAACUCAUUGCCUGAUUGGUUACUAAGCAGUGUUGUUUCAUUAACAAACUAAGCGCUUGACGCACCUGCAAGCCGAAAUGCAAUUUGCCUGUAAAGAUGGCGUCUAUUGCAUCUAUAGACCCACAACACGCAGGGCGUCUCUAUGGGGUCAAGAUAUACACAAAAGGAUGGUACACGUGUUUACGCGUAAACACGUGUACCAUCCUUGUACACACGUACAAUCCUCCAAAUAGACUUGCAAUGCAGGUGCGCUGCCUGUUGUUCAAUACUCUGUAGGCUUUUUUGUAAUAAAUACGUGUAUCUAUCAAGUCUCUACAUUGCUACAGGGCCACUGUAAAGUACUGGAUUCAAUAUCCAAGUCUAUGUUUGAAUUGGAAUACAAUGAAUUGCUAAUCAUCCAUUCAUGCCUGUUGAAAUGGUUUAAAUUUAGGCAGUAAAUUGAUGUUUGACAUUACUAUGAUGGUCUGAAUGAUGUAAAGUUUAACAAUCCUCAAGCACAACGUAAUGAAAUGUAUAGGAAAGAUGGUCUUUAGUGUGGAGGCAUCUUAUGGAAGCCUAGUAGGGAUACACGUUAAUUGAAAUCCAGUUAUAACAGUGAGAAUCAUUUUUAGUAUUGUUUAUGUAUAUACAAUGAAUGGCUACAGAAUGUUAAACCCUGUUAGGAUUGGGUUUUGGUGUGUUGAUUGCCCUGCAGGGUCAGCAUCUCCAAACGUUCAGACUAAUUUUCAAAGUGCUUUCCACAAAUUGCCUUCUCUUUUUUGCUUAAUUUAAAAAAAAUGUAUUUGAGAUUGGCAGUUUUUUUGUUUAUGAUGGAAUAAAAUAACAAUUUUAAAAUGGUCACUACUGAGGAUCUAUCUGUAACAAAGACAAAAGUCUUCAAUAUUUCCAUGUCUACUUGCCUAAUAGUCUGUGUGUCAUUGCACAUAGAUCGUUUCUACAAGUUUUAUUAGUCAUUGUUCAUAACAUCAACUGAUGGCCAAAAAAAAUGCAUACGUGCAUCCAUAAAAAUGGUCUCACAAUGAAAUCGCACACACAGGACGCACUCAUUGGUUGCCUUGGAUCAGUUGAGUUGGUCCAUGAAAAAAGUUUGAAACCGUUUGUUAUCAAACUGAUAUGGCUAGAAAGAUGUUUUAAAAGUAGAUUAUAAAUGAUCCUUACAAACAUGCCCUGAAUUUGGAUGAUUUCCCUUUUACUUUGCAAGCUAAUGCAGCUAUUUUAUGGAGUCAAAACUAAAGAGUACAAAAAUCCUUCAACACUGUAAAAUAUAUGUAAAUACAUUUUUCUAUUUCUUUAUAAAGUGAUGUUGAGCUGUGGAGAGUAAUAUACUGUUGAUAAAUUGCCAAUUAUUCAUGUUCUAUUUAAAACUCGUUACAUUAAAAUUUUACUCUUACCUCAUUUUAAACAAUAUUAAAUUUAACAUUUUUUAAGUGUACUGCCAAAAUGUGAGAGUAGUUAACUGUAGCUUUUUAUAUCCAAAUGCUUCGACUAUUGUACAUAUUUCUUUUAUAAAAAUAUUAAAACAAAGUACUUUUUUGACAAA